CGUUGAUUAAUAAUUCGUAUUAUACGUCAAAACAACAAGUCAAGAAAUAUGGGUUCGGGCAUUGAAGGAAUGUUGUUUCUAGGAAUAGUUCUUGUGUUCAGUGAAGUUCAAGGUAUGUAGCUAUGUUAUUUACGUUUAACAUCUAGAGUCAUAGCGAGUCGUUGCUCGCCAACUGGUUGUGACUAGACAAUACAUAGAGUUCAUGCAGUGUAAGACCAGGAUAUAUUAAAGAUAAAAUAUACGAUUCAUGGGGAUCACACUUGCGCGAGUGAUUCUUAUCCCUGAUGCAGUUUAAUUCACCGAAUUUCACCGAGAGCAUUCGAGAAACUGGUAGAGACUUGAAAUCUUCAAUGAAGACUGUCAAUUAUGAUUACAAAACAUUUAAUAAACAGCCAGGUUUAAAACUUUCGUAUUUUACAUAAAACAGGAUCGGUAUGUUCGCUCAUGUCCCAAAAGCAAAGAAAAAGAACACAAGUAACAAAAUAUUUUUUAGUACCCUGUAUAGAUACAUUUUAUCCGAUAAGGUGGUUUUACUACAUUAGCCUGCAUGUAAUGUUACGGGACUUUCCCAAGACAAGGGAUUUUCCCUUUUAUUUUUCCGCUGACAAUUUCAUUUUUAUAACAGUUUUGUUUGUGGAAACACCGCGUAAAUUUAUUACUGCAAAGCUUUCGAUCCGUAAGCCCAGAUCUUCAUCAGUGCUAAUAAUAUCACAGAAUAGGAAGGUACAGCAGAAGCGUAACUCAAGCAAGUAUUUGUCCGCGUUUUUACAAGCGAUUCGUCAUCAAUCACGCCAUCCUAGCUGGUACAACCGGCACUUUGUACCUACCAAAACCUGAUAAAAACUUCCGGCUGUACUAGCCAGGAUGGCGUGGAUUGGCGUGAGCGAGUUAAAAUUUUCGUCGACGUAAAACAAUAAGGGAAACGACUAGAGUUACGCUUCUGCUAUAACUUCUUAUUCUGUGAUAAUUGAUGUGACUUGUUCAAUUCACGCGCCCUUUUUAUAUACAAAAGUGUCGUGAUAUGUUGGCUCGCGUCAUUUGAAAUUUAAUUAAACGGCACAUCAAAAAAAAUUCAUUUUUCUCGAAAAAAAUGCGUCCUUGUAUUUUUCUUUGCUUGUAUUUUCUUUUGACGCCGAGAACAUUGAGAUCGCCUCAGCCACAACCAAGCUGACAACAUACUAACAAUCUUAAUAAAAAUUCAAAACUUUUGGACAUUUAACAGUUAAGAACUGAAAAAAAAAAAGUUAAUUUUGUAAAUUAUCAUGUUAAAACUUGUUAAAAUAAGUGGUUGACAAUGGUCUGAUUUCCUACAAGCUCUAUAGCAUGUAAUGUUAAGGAAAUCUUUGCUUAAAGCUAAUAGCUAUUGGGACUUUCCCAAGCAAGGGAUUUCCCUUUUACAUUUCCACAAACAGUUAAAAAUGCGUCCUUGAAUAGACAGAUCCCGGUUUUUUUUUUCAAAUGUAAAAUACGAACGUUUUAAACCUAGCUGUUUUAUAUGUUUUGUCAGUAGAUCCUUAUUAAGAGUCUUCUUUGAAAAUUUCAAGUCUUUACCAGUUUUGGUUCAAGAGUUACGAAGUUUUGAAAUUUUUUAUGCUGAAGUGUUGAAAUUUUAAAUGCAUAUGAAGCGAAUUUUUUUACUAUAUUCCCUAGAAGGCCCCUUUUAAACGCCAUUUUCAGUUUGUCAAUAUCUACUUAUUGCGUUCAGGAAUUAUUGAAGUGUUUACAUUUUAAUCUUGACGUCACAUGAUCUGCACUGUCACUGUCUGACUGACCACGUGACACGUUAUAAAUUAGCUUAUAUCUCUGCACGUAUUCAGUAGAAAUAGUUGAAACUUUGCACAUGUGUGGUGCUCAUAAAAAUACACAUCACUAUUGCAGUUAUGUUGUUGCCAUGGGAACACACUGGGUUCCAGAUCCUCUCUGCCCCCAAACGACGUUUUCGUAGUUUAAUCUGCUAAAACCGUAAAAUAGAAUAGGAAUUUAUAGUGAGAGAACUGGGGCCGAGAAUGUUUCCGUGACAGUAUCUCUGCUAACAUAAAUGUGUUAUUUUAUAAGCGCUAUAUAUGCUGAAAGUGUCAUCCAUUUCUUCUGAGUAUUGGCAAAGAAAUAAGCUAACUGCUAAGUUGUUUUUAGUCAAAUGGCCUGUUCAAACAAUGUGACGUCAGCCUGUGAAACUUCAAUAACUCCUGAACGAAAAUUAUAUAUAUUAGCGAGCUUAAGCAAGCUUAAUAGAAACAAUAUUUUCAUUUCACUCUGAAAAAGAAUCUUGGCCAUAUUGUCAGAUAAAAAAAUCCCAGGACUAAAAAAACAGUGACCAUGUGUUAAACCUGGUUUACACUAUCAAAGUUUCUGUGAUCACAGUGGGAAUUUUGCAUCGGUAAAUUUUAAGUUUUGAAGGAUUUGUAAGAAAAGUUUGAGGAAACGGACUUAUUGUUAAACCCUAAGUAAUCCACAUUAAAUAAAUUAUCAAAUCAUCAUGAAAUUAAAUUGUUAAUCAAUAGUUUUCUUCCAUAUUUUUCCAGCUAGCAAAGCACGUGCAGCGAACUGCCAACUAUGGAGAGUACCUGUCGAAGUGGAUCCCCCAAAACACAAUAACAGACCAUACUAUGUGGAAAUGCACAGAUGUAUGGGACAGUGUACUAACAUCGACCUCAUCUCCCCCCUGCAGUGCGAGUGUGUGGCUGCAACGACCCAAGAUAUCACCCUAAACGUCGUUACUCCAUUGGGGUACGAAUCUCAAAUUUUUAAAAACCAUACCAGCUGUAGAAGUCAGUGUAAGGCCAGCUACAAAGAAGGAUGUAUUAAAGAGGGAUAUAACUGGGAUGAACCUACCUGCACCUGUAGUUGCCCGCAACAACUCAGUGGAUCCUGCGCGGCGAAUCAGUUAUGGAACACUCGCUCGUGUCAAUGUGAAUGUACCAGUGCUCCAUCCAGUUGCUCCUCUGGUAUGUCCUGGAACAAGUCAAGCUGUAGUUGCCAAUGCAGUGCCAUGGCCUUCGCCAAGUGCUCCAAAAACGGCUGGGCCACCAGUUUGAAGACAUGCCGAUGUAUUAGAAAGCCGUUACCACCACCAAAAGCUGCACAAGUUGGAAAAAGACAAAGUGAGUCUGGAGUGAUGUAUUUGGCGAGUUUCAGUCAGUUGGGGACGACAAUCGCCCAACCCAACAAUUUCGGCAGGGGUAACUGCCCAACCCAAUAAUAUUCCAACAACUUUCUGCAGAAAUAUAUUUUAAAAUUGUCAUCUUUUAACAAUGAUAUUUUCGGAAUAUUUUCCGUUGUGGAAAUUUUUCUUGAGUGGAAAUGGGCCUUUAAGGAGUUACGCAUGCAAGACGGUGACGUCAGGAUGACGGCUAAACAAACUGUUUGAAAUAAAUUAUUGUAAUUGGAAAUCUUGUUAGUCUUGCCUUUACUUUUGUAUGAAUUUAAAAUAGUUUCGAACGAGUACAACAGAGCUUUAAUCUUCAGAGCAAUUUUGAUCAACUCUGCUGGAAAAACUACCUGUCACGGCUUGAAAUGCUAGCGUACUAUACGAGGGGGGAAAGAGCUUGGAUGACGUCUAAAACUUAGCUUUAUAGAAAAGAUGAUUGGUUGAAUGUCACUAAAAAUAAAUAACUCACUUCAUUCUAUUUAUUACAGGCAGUGAAAGCGAGACAAAAUUAGUUGUACCAUUAGUCGUCAUUAGUCUGCUACUCGGAACACUAUUUGUCAUUGACCUCGUUUUGAUGGGCAGUAAAAAGGGAUUUAUGUAUGGACUCAAGACAAAAUGCAGUAAGAAGGGCGACAGAGAAUUCAUAAGUAAGUCGCAAUUAUAUACUUUGACUCAGUCAUUUUGGAAUUUUGCAUUGGUAAAUUUUAAGUUUUGAAGGAUGUGUAAGGAAUGUUUGAAGGGCACUAACUGACUCAGUGUUAAACAGCGAGAGUCAGUUCCUUCAAACAAUUCUUACAAAUCCUUUAAAACUUAGAAUCUACCUAGCAUGCAAAAUUCCUACUGUGUUCACAGAAACUUUGAUAGUGUAAACCAGACUUAAUAAAUAAUACUAUAGCUUAAAAUUUACACCCUGGAUGUCUGCUUGUUUUGUCAACUGCAAAUACUAAAACAAUGAUCCUUCCUUCUUUUAGAUGGAACGGAAACAGGCAGUGUAACAUUGAACAUGGACCAUCCAGUUGUUGCCGAACAAGAACCAGUCAAUACUACUAAUACUGCCUGAGAUAGAAGCAAAGCUGUUUGAAUGUGGAUUUCAGUCAGCGUUGCAAGACAGCAGACGGUCGAUCAACUUCACUGAGAGGAACAAGAAAAUGAAUCUUUUCUAUGUACGAUGAUAUGAAUCAGUUGCCAGUUGACUACCAUCUGCUGUACAGUAAAAUCAGAGUCAUAGCCACAGGGGGAUGAGGGUCCACCCCACCCUCAUUUUUCUUCAGGAAAAUUCGAAAUUUUGUAAUCUUCCAAAACUGAAGAGAAACCAGGGGGAAGGGGCAUAAAACCUGAUAAUGCUUUCAUUUAUGACAUAAACUAUACCAAAUAUGUGGCUUUCAGAUUAUCAUAAAACAUGACCCCCACACCACUUGUUUGGGACUGCCUGUGCCUCUGAAAGUAGUUUGUAGCAAGACCAUGUGGCUAUAUGGUAAAGACUUGAAAUGCUAUGUUUUUGAAUAGCUGGAGGGUGAGUAGUCACCGAGUAAGGUAUGACACUAGAAAAAAAAAGCAAUAACACUCAAGAGGAGCUCAGAUUGAACCUCCACUCUUUGAGUGUGAGUGAGCUUUUAGAAUACAGGCAGCAUAUAUAUUGAACUACAAAGAACUUAUCAAGAAAAAGUUUAAAUUAUCAUUACCUCCGCCAGGAGGUUAUGUAAUCAUCUGGGUUUGUAUGUGUGUGUGUGUGUGUGUAUGUGUGUGUGUAUGUGUGUGUGUGUGUAUGUGUGUGUGUUUGUCUGUGAGCACGAUAACUCACGAAAUACCAAACAUAUCCGUACGAAAUUUUGUGAGUGCAUUUCCCAUCGGCUAAGGAAGAACUGAUUAAAAUUUGGUUGAAUUUGGUUAAAAAUUGAAUGAGAAAUAACAAAAGUUUGUCUUGCUUUUCCCAGUCAAUUAAAUAAAACUUAUACUGAAUGCGUAAUUAGGACGUGCAUAAUAUAUGCACCAGCCAUUCAAAUUCUAAUAACAAUAGAUUACUUCAAUAUUUUGCGCGUAGGCGGAGGUAUGCAGUCUGUGAGUGCCCUCUAGUUAAAUGUAAUAUGUUAAAUUAUAAAAAUUUUCAAAUGGUGCUCAGACCAAACAUAUUUAGAUGUAGCUUUUCAUAUCAAAUGUGCAAUGCUAAUUCUAACCAUUAAGAAUCUACUGUAGUUAGUCAAUAAUCUUCUAUUUAUUUAUAAUUAGACACACUUAUGUAAUAAUUGGAACAAUUUAAUGAACAAUUUAUGUAAUAAUUGUGAUAAUUAAUUAAUGAUUUCAAAAGAUCAUCAGAAAGUCAUUGUAUAUUAUGACAAUCAACAGUUCAUUUAUUUAAUAUUACAUUUGAUGUAAAAUAAUUUAUUUGAUUUAUGUAAUUAAUACAAUUUUUUGAAUAAAAUAGUGUGAAUAUUAAUUCACAAGAAAAUGAAAUAUGCUUCAUUGGAAAUUUCACAUUUUACCAUUCGUGAAAUUCAAAUUCACCCUCAAAUUCAUUGAUUUCGACAGAAGAUGGUGGUCAAUUAUAUAUAGAAGGGUAAGAAUUUUAUAGACUGCAUCUCUCAAUUCUGCUGCUUUAAUUACCACUAAAUACAAGACUUGUCCAUAAAAUAGAGAGAAUUAACGUGAUUUUUACACUUUUAUAUUAAUUGUAUAUAAUGUUCCAGGCUCGAAAUUUCCAUCUGCAAAAAAUCAGCUUUCGGAUACUUCCAUUGAGCAAGAUGCCCCAAACUCAUUGAACUAACUUGUCAACUUUCAGCGGUACAAAACAAGCCAGUAAAAAACUUGUCGAU